AUGGACUUCAUACUCAAAAAUAAGACAAUCUUAGCUGAGAUCCUGUCUGCUGCUACAAGCUUUAUUCUCCAACAUGUGCAGCAGAAGAAACUCAUCUCUGAUCAUGACUACUAUGAACUUAAAGGCCUAUCUGAGAACCCUAAUAAGAUGACUGCUGAAUUACUGGAUAAACUGAGGGCCAGAGGGCAAGACACCCGUGAGAAAUUUACUGACCUGCUGAAAGAGGAGUUCAUUUGGGAACAGUACCCAAGGCUAAGAGAGCUUUUCCCUCCUGAGCCAACAGACUCUGUACCAGCACAAGAAGAUCAAACAGACAGUGAUUGUCUGUUGCCAGAAAAAAAGCGAAAAACAAGCGGAACAAACAGUGAUUUAACGUUGUCAGGUCUAACUUGGGCAAAAUUAGAGCAGUAUAUAUCACAGCCUGGAAAUGGCGAGAAACUCAUUGAAAACCUAGAGAAGAAACUUCUGGCCGAUACGAUGAGUAAACUGGAAGCUGACUUAAAAAGUAAAACGCCAAAGGGAAAUUUGAGUUUGAACUUUGAAGCCAUAUAUAAGCUUGAAACAAAUAGAGAGCUCACAUCAUUUCUCAAACCUGGGAACGGAAGGAAAUUUCCUAAAAUAGUCAUUGGAACAUUCUUUAACCUUCGCAAAGACCGUGAGCAGGAGAAACUCAUCUCUGAUCGUAACUACAACGAACUUAAAAGCCUAUCUGAGCACCCUAAUAAGAUGACUGCUGAAUUACUGGAUAAACUGAGGGCCAAGGGGGAAGACACCCGUGAGAAAUUUACUGACCUGCUGAAAGAGGAGCACAAGAAGAUCAAACAGACAGUGAUUGUCUGUUGCCAGGCAGCACCAGCAGAGGGUGGGCCCAAAAACUGGGAUGUGUAG